CGAACGUGACUCGAUUGGAAGUUGUCACACUUAUCGGGUAAAUAAUCGACUGUCAUCCCCAAUCCAAUUGAGCCAAUUGGGUGAAAAUUGGGCCGAAAAACAGAAAAAGUCUCACAGAUCAAUUAAAAUAUGACAGAGCUUCUAAUUGAUCCGGACAUCCGCGUGUGGGUGUUCCUGCCCAUCGUGCUGAUCACGUUCCUGGUGGGAAUUGUGCGCCACUACGUCUCCAUACUGAUUUCCACGCAAAAGAAGGCCGAGAUCACCCAGAUCCAGGACAGCCAGGCGAUGAUACGGGCACGGUUGCUCCGCGAAAACGGCAAAUAUCUGAGCGCCCAGAGUUUCUCCAUGCGAAAGAACUACUUCAACAACGAGGAGACCGGCUACUUCAAGACUCAGAAACGGGCGCCUGUGGCCCAGAACUCAUCCGCCAUGCUCACCGAUAUGGUCAAGGGCAACUUUAUUAAUGUGCUGCCCAUGGUCGUGAUCGGUGGCUGGAUCAACUGGAUGUUUUCGGGCUUCGUCACCACAAAGGUGCCCUUUCCGUUGACCCUGCGCUUCAAGCCCAUGCUCCAGCGGGGCGUGGAGCUGGCCUCGCUGGACGCCGCCUGGGUCUCCUCCGCCUCUUGGUACUUCCUUAACGUGUUCGGCCUGCGCUCCAUCUACACACUGGUCCUCGGUGAGAACAACCACGCCGACCAGACGCAGGCUCAGGCGGAUGCCAUGACGGGCGCCGCCAUGACCAUGCCCCAGGACCCAAAGGCCGCCUUCAAGGCCGAGUGGGAGGCGCUCGAGAUCACCGAGUACCACAACGCACUCAAGAACAUUGACGCUGACAUGCUGGCUAUCGCUAGUGCACCUGCGGAAUCAUCCUAAUUAACAUAUUUUAGCAAAUUCACAAUUUAACAAAGCAGAUUUUGUUUCGAGUCCAAGAGGGUUAAAAUAAAGCAAGUUGUAUGUAUACAAUAGGAAA